CUGCCUUCGUCGGAGAGCGGGGACGCGGGGCGCGUUGUCGGGCGGGGGAUAGAUUCGGGCCGGUUGUGCCGUUGCGAGGUUGCCUCUGCGAUCGCUGCGGUGAGCCCUGAAUUGUAUCCUGUCUUUGUAAAUUGGAGAAAUCGGUGACACUGCCAAUAUUCUUUUGAGGUUGUGUCUGGAAUUUGGUGCAAGUCGAAUCAUUGUUCAAAUAAGGUGUAACUGAAAACCUUUUCAGAGAUGUCAAAAACAAACAAAUCCAAGUCUGGAUCUCGCUCCUCUCGUUCAAGAUCUGCAUCAAGAUCUCGUUCUCGUUCAUUUUCUAAGUCUCGAUCUCGAAGUCGAUCUGUCUCUCGUUCAAGGAAGCGCAGGCUGAGUUCCAGGUCUCGUUCCAGAUCAUAUUCUCCAGCUCAUAAUAGAGAGAGAAAUCACCCAAGAGUGUAUCAAAAUCGGGAUUUCCGAGGUCACAACAGAGGCUAUAGAAGGCCAUAUUAUUUUCGUGGGCGUAACAGAGGCUUUUAUCCAUGGGGCCAGUAUAACCGAGGAGGCUAUGGAAACUACCGCUCAAAUUGGCAGAAUUACCGGCAAGCAUACAGUCCUCGUCGGGGUCGUUCCAGAUCACGGUCCCCAAAGAGAAGGUCACCUUCACCGAGGUCCAGGAGCCAUUCCAGAAACUCCGAUAAGUCUUCCUCUGACAGGUCGAGGCGCUCUUCAUCCUCUCGUUCCUCCUCCAACCACAGCCGAGUGGAAUCUUCUAAGCGCAAGUCUGCAAAGGAAAAGAAGUCCUCUUCCAAAGAUAGCCGGCCAUCUCAGUCUGCCGGUGAUAACCAGGGAGAUGACACCAAGGAGCAGACAUUCUCUGGAAGUUCCUCUCAAGAUACAAAAGCAUCUGAGAGUUCAAAGCCAUGGCCAGAUGCCACCACUUACAGUGCAGGUUCUGCAUCACGGGCCUCGGGAGUUUCUGAGCUGAGUCCCCGGGAGAGAAGCCCUGCUCUUAAAAGCCCCCUCCAGUCUGUGGUGGUAAGGCGGCGGUCACCACGUCCUAGUCCUGUGCCAAAACCUAGCCCUCCGCUUUCCAGCACUUCCCAAAUGAGCUCAACUCUGCAGAGUGGUUCUGGGUACCAGGCUGGGACACACCAAGGUCAGUUUGACCAUGGCUCUGGGUCAUUAAGUCCAUCCAAAAAGAGCCCUGUGGGUAAGAGUCCACCAACUACUGGCUCCGCAUAUGGCUCAUCUCAGAAGGAUGACAGUGCUGCUUCUGGAGGAGCGGCCUAUACUAAGAGGUAUUUAGAAGAGCAGAAGACAGAGAACGGAAAAGAUAAGGAGCAAAAACAAACAAAUACUGAUAAAGAGAAAACAAAAGAGAAAGGGAGCUUCUCUGACAUUGGCUUGGGUGAUGCAAAAAUGAAGUCUGAUCUGUUUGCUCCCAAAAGUGAUACUGAGAAGCCUUUUCGGGGUAGCCAGUCUCCUAAAAGGUAUAAGCUCCGAGAUGACUUUGAGAAGAAGAUGACUGAUUUCCACAAAGAUGAGAUGGAUGAUCAAGAUAAAGACAAAGCUAAGGGAAGGAAGGAAUCCGAAUUUGACGAUGAACCCAAAUUUAUGUCAAAAGUCAUAUCAGGUGCAAACAAAACCCAAGAGGAGGAAAAGUCAGGCAAAUGGGAAGGCAUGGUGUAUGCACCUACUGGGAAGGAAAAGCAAAGGAAAACAGAGGAGCUGGAGGAGGAGUCUUUCUCAGAGAGAUCCAAGAAGGAGGACCGAGGAGGGUCUAAGAGAUCCGAAAGUGGGCAUAGGGGGUUUGUGCCUGAAAAGAAUUUCCGAGUGACUGCUUACAAAGCAGUGCAGGAAAAAAGCUCAUCGCCUCCCCCCAGAAAAACCUCUGAAAGUCGAGAAAAGCUGUCAGCCAAAGGAGACUUUUCCACAGGGAAGUCUUCCUUUUCUAUUAUUCGAGAAGCCCAGGUCAAUGUUCGAAUGGACUCUUUUGAUGAGGACCUUGCAAGACCCAGUGGCUUAUUGGCUCAGGAACGCAAGCUAUCCCGGGACCUUGUUCAUAGCAACAAGAAGGAACAGGAAUUUCGUUCCAUUUUCCAGCAUAUACAAUCAGCUCAGUCUCAGAGGAGCCCCUCAGAACUUUUUGCCCAGCAUAUUGUGACCAUUGUUCACCAUGUCAAAGAGCAUCACUUUGGGUCCUCAGGUAUGACAUUGCAUGAACGCUUUACUAAGUACCUAAAGAGAGGAACCGAGCAGGAGGCGGCUAAAAACAAGAAAAGUCCAGAGAUACACAGGAGAAUAGACAUUUCCCCCAGUACAUUCAGAAAACAUGGUUUGACUCAUGAAGAAAUGAAAAGUCCCCGGGAUCCUGGCUAUAAGGCUGAGGGAAAAUACAAAGAUGAUCCUGUUGACCUUCGUCUUGAUAUUGAACGGCGUAAAAAACAUAAAGAGAGAGAUCUUAAACGAGGCAAAUCAAGAGAAUCAGUAGAUUCCCGAGACUCAAGCCAUUCAAGGGAAAGAUCCACUGAGAAAAUGGAGAAAACUCAUAAAGGAUCAAAGAAACAGAAGAAGCACCGGAGAACACGAGACCGGUCCAGGUCAUCAUCAUCUUCCUCCCACUCAUCCCACUCCUAUAAAGCAGAAGAGUACCCUGAAGAGACAGAGGAGAGAGAGGAAAGCACUACGGGCUUUGACAAAUCAAGACUGGGGACCAAAGACUUCGUGGGUCCAAGUGAAAGAGGAGGCAGAGCUCGAGGAACCUUUCAAUUUCGAGCUAGGGGGAGAGGCUGGGGCAGAGGUAACUACUCGGGCAAUAACAACAACAGCAGCAACAAUGAUUUUCAGAAGAGAAACCGAGAAGAGGAAUGGGACCCUGAGUACACACCCAAAAGCAAGAAGUAUUACUUGCAUGACGAUCGCGAAGGUGAAGGCAAUGAGAAAUGGGUGGGCCGUGGCCGUGGCCGUGGCACAUUUCCCCGGGGUCGAGGCCGGUUCAUGUUCCGGAAGUCCAGCACCAGCCCCAAGUGGGCCCAUGACAAGUUCAGUGGGGAAGAAGGAGAGAUUGAAGACGACGAGAGUGGGACAGAGAACCGAGAAGACAAAGACAAUUCACAACCCACAACAGAGUAGAUAGAGCUCAUUCUGAUGGGAGCCCCUGCCCAGUGGGGGGAUAAAUGCUGGGAAAAGGCUGGUGAGGACCUAAACAGGAGCCUCAAGAAGAUUGUAAAAGCCCUAUCCCUGCCCCCUGCCAGCCAUGUGGAAUCCUACUAUAGCCAAAAGCACCCUGGCACUUUGUCCCACUGGACAGAGGCAGCCGGCCAUGGGGCCUAGGGCCUGGCCCAGCUCUUGCAGAACACAACAUAAUGGGCUUUAGCUGUGUUUCUCAUUUGUUGUUGGUGUGUGGGGUGGGGGAUGGGGUAGGGAGGGGAGAGUGAUACUUGGAUUUUUGUUUUUCCCCAUUAGAAACCAUUAUUUUUGUUCUUAAUUUCAUUUGAAGAGGACUAAUUUGAUUUUUUAACCCCUUAUUUUCCUGAUUUAACCCCCCUCUUUUUUCUUAAGCAUAUGUAGUAACGUUAGCAGAAAGUUAAUUUGGAAAACUGAUUCUUAAAAAGAAAACAAAAGCAUGUGAAUAAACGAAGUGUGUUCACCUCAGUUUGGGACCAAACUGCUUGGAUCUUUGUAAAAAUCGGUUUUUUGUAUGUCGAGUUCAAGGCCUUUCUGACUACCUUGUGUUCCCCUGUUUUGUGCACCUAUGUAUCUUAUCACACAUGGUGUUUCUCCUCACCACUCCCCAUGUGCAGCGCACUCCUCCCUCCCCCCAGUAUUUUCUGAUUUCUUCUGGGCUAGGCUUCUUUCCAUUCUCCACCACCAGCUCCAGUAUCCCAAACUUUCUAGUCCCGCUGAUCCUCAGCACAACAGGGGUGAAAACUGAAUGACAGUUUCUGGUCUGUUUUCUAAGAAACUUCUGAAUUCUAUUAUCUUUACAAAUAUAAGAUGAGAAAAUAAUUUUUCAAUAUUUUUUAUUAAUCUUUUUAUAAAGUGAAAAACUCCUAUGAUCAAUUAAGGAAGAUGGUUAUGGCUGGGUGGUUUGUGGGUCCCCCCCCCCUCAUUUUUUAUUUUUUACCCAUAAGCUUUAGUUUAAAACAUUCUGUUAUGGGGGGGCGGGCAAUCUCUUAAAAUGGGUCCUUGUGCUUAGCUUCUGAGGCAGCAGUCCUGAGCAGGUGAAUCAUAGGACAUUCCUGCAUGUGUUAUCUGUGGGCUGCAUCCGCCUCUUCAUCCCAACCUUUGCCUCUUGGGUUGUGCUGUUUUCCCCUUACUUUGCUACAUUGCUAUAGUUAAGUUGGUUUUACUUAAAUGAUUCAUGUUUAGGGAGAAGAAAAAAACCUUAAAAUCUGUUUCAACUCCUCCUGCAAAUAAAAAAUAAAUGAAGUGUCA